AUGCAGCCCUUCAGCAUCCCGGUUCAAAUCACACUCCAGGGCGGCCGGCGGCGCCAGGGAAGGACAGCCAUUUCUACCUCAGGGAGGAAGAGAAAUACAGACCACAAUGGUGGAGACCCACCAGAUGAGCACAAGAAGCUGCCGUCCAGUGCUGGGGAGGACCGAGCCAUGCUGCUAGGGUUCACAAUGAUGGGCUUCUCAGUUCUAAUGUUCUUCUUGUUUGGAAUAACCAUCCUAAAGCCUUUCAUGCUCAGCACUCAGAGAGAAGAAGCGAACUGCACUGUUAUCCACACACGUAUCACGGAUGAUGGGAUGGACUGCGCUUUCGCCUGUGGUGUGGACUGCCAAGGUCAGGGCAAGUACCCCUGUCUUCAGGUGUUGGUGAACCUCACCCAUUCGGGCCAGAAAGCUCUCCUACAUUAUAAUGAAGAGGCUGUCCAGAUAAAUUCCAAGUGUGAUGUUACAGACUACGAAGUUAAAGAAAAGCAGACAUUGACAGUUUCUGAUGAGCACAAACAUAAGUGCAGUCACAGGCCAAGCUUCUUGCUAGGAACAGCAAGACUGGGAAGAGGUCUUAAAUUUAGUGACACUAUUAUUCUAUAUUCUCAGUACAAUAACACAUGCAUCUUGCUGUGUCAAAUACUUUUUGGGCCAUCAUUAAAAGAACAUUUAAAAACAUUUUUCUCCUAACGAAUGCAGUAUAUAUACCACAGGACUUCAAUUCAUUGAAUGACAAAAUAGAGUGAGAUCGAUUUGCUACAAUAAGUGGGUCUAAAAAGGGUGGUAGGAGCUAUUUUUAAAAUUCCCAAAGUCAACAUUUGAUGGGUUAGUAGUCUUUUGGUAGUGCCACAUUCCCCGAGCUGUUAAAGUGUUAUGUUCCAAAAGGACACAUUCUUUUAGGUUUUAUUCAACUUAAGUACAAGGACAAAAUCAUAUUGAAACCAUUGAUUGCAUUUGAAAUCAGAGGAAGGCCAACUUCACUGACCACUCAUAGGAACAUAAAUUAAAUCUGGUAAGGGGCCGUUUCUUAUGAAAUCAAUAGAUAAUGACCACAUUUGGAAAUUUACACUAGAAUUAAGGAGUUCAGUCUUAUUAAAGAUAUUUUGAGAAAAUAUCAAAGUUGGUUUUCUGCCUCCUUCCUAACUUAGAAGUAUUAACAAAAAUUUUUCACUUAAAAAAUGUACAUGUCUCUUAGCAUAACCACAAAAUUAUUGUAGUGACAAAUUAAAUAUGAUUUCAGAUAGAUUCAUAGACCUGAAUAGCUUACAAAGUACGUUUAAAAAGCCCCUUUCCAUACUUACCAACUUGUGGAAUGGAGUCUACGGUUAGGAGUGAAAAUCAGUUACCCAACUAUAGUAAAUGUAAAAGGGACUGCUUUUAUUGUUUUUUUCCCCUCCCUGUUGAAACUUAUAUGUAAUUGUGUAAAAAUUAAGUCAGAAAAUUUCCUGAUGGCUCAUAACUGUCACUAUAUGCUAGCCAGCAUGGCUGUAAUAUUAACAUAUCUAAAAUAUUAACAUAUCUAAGCAAAAGGAAUGGCGCUGCAUUGAUAAAAAAGAAGUGCAAAACUUUAAUCAAGUGGAAUACUUGAAUGAAAUAAGCUUAUUUAAAAACUACCAUCCCAACUUGGGAAACUCCUAAUAAAUUCUAAACUCUUCUGAAUUUUAGAACCUGGAUGUUUACAUCUUUUAUAAAAGAUGCCUCUUGACUAGAACUAGCAAGCAGCGUGUAUACAAAUAGAAAUGUGUGCACAUAUACACACACUAAUUUCACUAAUAAUUAAGAAAAGAGAACACAACUAAUUUUAAAUAUCAAAUUCAAGAACCUAGUACCAUGAACCUCCUAGCACUAUGCCUUUGCCAAAUGGCUGGAGCAAUGAUUAAAUUUUUAACCAAUUUUUUUUCUUAAUGUCUCCAAUGCCAUUAAAAACGAGGCAUGCCAACUCUGACUAUAAAUCUCAAAUACAGUGCUCUGCAAAUUUCGGUAAUAUCAGAGCCUAAAGUAUUGGAUUGUGACUCAUCUAUUUUUUUUUUCCUUAUUAACCUUCUGAGGUAGAGUUACCAAUCUAAUUUUAUCAGGACCACAGUUAUCUUGAGCUAAGCCCUAGUCUUUUCAGAAAGUGAACAUAACGUUUAACAGAAAAGAAAAAAGGCUUUCCAGGCCAUGGCACAUAAGAUUCAUUUACAAUUUUUAAUGUAAUAAUUAAAAAAUAAAAAUGGUUUGUGUUUAUAUUUUAAAAAAACAGCCCAGCUGUAUUAUUCUGUCACCAAGAAUGAUUAUCUGAGUAUCCUGUCAAUGCUGAAUCUUAUAGUUCAGCCUUCACAAUCCCAUCCUUGAUGAAGGGUUAAUUCCCUUGUGGUAUGCACAAUAUAUUCUCACAACUUUCAGCCUUCUUUCAUGCCACAUCUGAGCAGGAUAUGAAGAAUGUAAUUCAUUCAAACAACUCCUCCCUGUUUUGCACCCCCCUAACCCCCGAUUCCCCUCUUCUCAAACACAUCUGAAGUAUGAAAGUUGUUUUUAAAUAGUAGAAGCACCACAAUCCAUUAACACCAUAUAUGGCCUUUCAAUUGAAAUACUACAGUGAUGUCCUGGACAUCAAAAUUAAUUUUUUAAGGUGGAUUCUGAGUGUGUGGGUCCAGCCCAGGUCUGCUGUUGGUGCAGGCAAUAAAACAAAAGGAACUUUAUAACACUCACAAAGAGUUAACCUGCUGGCUUUAAACUAAUGCUAGGAAUUAAAUUUCUCCAAAGAGCUGGCAAGCAUAGGCAAUAGCCAGGAUAUGAAUUAAAUGGAUUUACAAAAUCAUUAAGAAACAAAUUCAGGUUUAUAUGCUGUGAAAUUUCCAUGGUUCCUUUAGAAUAGAUGGGCUGCUCAUAAUUUUUUAAGAAUGCCAAAUCACGCAGUUUUUGAUGGAAAAAAUACAGUUGGACUGUGUUUUACCUAUGUGAAAAUGACCAAUCCACUUAAAAU